UUUACACUACCUCGCUUCACCACAGCGGGAUGGCGCAAUAGAGAGUGCAGGAAUGAUGAACGCUUCAUGUGUUAACCGAGAUGUAGUCUUUCGGACGUUUUCGGUUCAUUCCGCUAUUCUCCGUCCCGCUCUCGCUAGUUCUCACGCAGCCCUGUCCUGCUCCGCGCUGCGCUGGAAAAUGGCAGGUCGGCAAGUUGAAAAGAUUCGUGCGGAAUGAAAAGGAAAAAGAAAUCAGUCCUGUACUCUGCCGAGGGAGUAGAUGGGAGUUGAAAACCUGAGUCCGGCCGAGAGUUAGGAUCGCACAUUUAUUCGCACGCGCGAAAGAAAACCGUCAACGCUUUUGCAACGAUUUGCCACGGUUAUCCCGUUACACUGGGAGGAUCACAUCUUGAGAGGGAAUGUUGAGCAACCUGCUAUAAGACGACACCAGCUGAUUUGGCAAAAUAAAUCUGUGAAGGACUUCAUUCUUUAUUUCUUUUCCGGAGCCUGAAUGAGCAUGCUGCAUUUCCUCUGUUCCAUCAUUUGGUUGAACCGUGGGUUCAAGUUGAGAAAAGUGGCCUGCUCGGCCAACACCGGUCAGGUCUAAGCUGUUGCUACCGCGCAUGCCCGUUUAUGAGCUCCGGUCAGAAGUGCUUAGCUUUUAACCAAACGUCCCACGGUACAACAUCAUUUGCACCCUCGCAAAGUUUCAUCCCCAGUCCGACUGUCAGUUCAUACUCUGAAAAUGGCUGCCGAUGGCUUCCAGUACAGAUCUCUGUACUCCUACUCUAAGGACUGGGAGGAUGACAUUGACCUUGAGCCUGGUGAUGUCCUGACGGUCGACAAAGCGUCUCUGCUGUCACUGGGCAUCAAAGAGGGAGAGGAGGAGCACCCAGAAUGCAUCGGCUGGAUCUUGGGCUUUAACGAGCGAACCAAACAGAGGGGAGACUUUCCAGGGACGUACGUGCAGUAUGUGGGACCUGUGAAAAUGUCAGUGCCGUCCUGCCAGCCUUGUUCUCAGAGACCGCUUCCUGCUGUUCCCAGACCUGAGCCAACAGCCUCCUCGCAGGUUGCUCCAGUGCUGGACUUGACCAAACAGUUCACACACCCGGAAACUGCUCCUCCUAAUCUUAUUAAGUUGGUCGAAGCAAUUGAGCGGACAGGUCUGGACUCUAGGACACUUUACAGGACAUCCACUGCUUCAGCUUCUGACAGACAGAGCCUCGCUGAGCUGCAGGAGUUGGAUGUGGGACAGUGGGACAUUCAUGCCCUCUCGGAGGCUCUCAUUCGGUACCUGCAGGAACUUCCUGCCCCCAUCAUCCCUCCCUCUGUUUAUACAGACCUUCAGGCAGCAGUGAAGCUAGAAUCGGACGUCCCGUCCGAGAGGAGACGAGAGCAGCUGCUGCAGGUGCUGGAGAAGCCUGAAGUUCCACUGCAGAACCUCCUGACGCUGCAUUAUUUGCUCAGACACCUGGAGAAGGUCUGCCAGCGCGCCGAGCAGAACGGCCUCGACAUUCACACCCUCUGCCAAAUCUUUGGCCCUCUGCUGAUCAGGGGCCCUGUGAGCGGGUCAGAGGAAGAUGAGGGGUUUCCUGCGGUUGCAGUUGAGAGACUUCUUUUGGAGAGAAUUUGGGAACAAGAGCCAACUCCUCCUGCUCUCCCUCCUAAACCGCCCAAAGCCAAAGCCAUGGCCUCAUCUGUGACCAAUGGAAACAACAGCUUACUGAGUGAAGCUGAAUGGUACUGGGGAGACAUUUCUAGAGAGGAGGUGAAUGAGAAGAUGAGAGACACUCCUGAUGGUACGUUCCUGGUGCGGGAUGCAUCAAGCAAAGUGCAGGGAGAGUAUACCUUGACCCUCAGGAAAGGAGGCAAUAACAAACUGAUCAAGGUUUUUCACCGUGGGGUGAAGUAUGGCUUCUCGGAGCCUCUUACUUUUCUCUCUGUGGUGGAGCUCAUCAACCACUACCGGCAUGAGUCACUGACCCAGUACAACGCCAAGCUGGACACUCGCCUGCUCUUCCCCGUGUCUAAAGAUCAGCAGGAUCAGGUAGUGAAAGAGGACAGUAUCGAGGCGGUAGGAGAGCAGCUGAAGGUUUAUCACGAGCAGUAUCAGGAGAAGAGUCGUGAAUAUGAUGUACUGUAUGAAGAAUACACACACACAUCACAAGAGCUCCAGAUGAAACGAACCGCCAUAGAGGCCUUUAAUGAGACCAUCAAGAUCUUUGAGGAGCAGUGCGAGACCCAGGAGCGCUUCAGCAGAGAAAGCAUUGAGAAGUUUCGCAGAGAAGGCAACGACAAAGAGAUUGAGAGAAUUCAGAGCAACUCUGAGAAGCUGAAAUCCAGAGUGACAGAGAUUCAUGACAGCAAGAGGAAGUUGGAACUGGACUUGAAGCAACAAGCUACAGAAAAUCGAGAGAUAGACAAGAGGAUGAACAGCUUGAAACCAGACCUCAUACAGCUGAGGAAGCUACGGGACCAAUAUCUUGUCUUCUAUUCUGUGUUGGAUGAUGAUGACGAUCGAGCACAUCACGAUGAGUGCGCCUGGUACGUUGGGGACAUCAAGCGCACACAGGCGGAGGAUCUCCUGAGAGGCAAACGAGACGGCACCUUCCUCAUCAGAGAGAGCCAGACCCAGAAGGGCUCCUUCGCCUGCUCUGUAGUCGUGGAUGGAGAGAUCAAACAUUGUGUGGUUUACAAGACGGCCACCGGUUUUGGAUUUGCUGAGCCCUACAACCUUUACGGUUCCUUGAAAGACUUGGUCCUGCACUACAAACACACCUCUCUGGUCCAGCACAACGACUCACUGAAUGUAACCCUGGCCUAUCCGGUCCUCGCACAGCAGCCUAGAUGAGCACCGCCACACGAGAUGGCCCAGGACACACAUAUAAAGCAUGAUUAAGCACAUUAUACGGAGCAAACUAUACUAACACCGAACUUUUAAGUUUAUCGUAGAAAACAGAUAAGCACAGUAUAUUAUCGUAAGUAAACAUACGGCUUUUUUUGUAAGCCCAUAGUUUUCCGUAUCAAUCAAAGUAAGCUGCAGUAAUUACAGUGAGAUCACAGCUACUCUGUAUUUGUUGUCCCAACACGAGAGAGGAAAGCGUCUUGUGAUUGGUGUUGUAGUCCUGGAUAUUUUCAUUGAGGACACGAGAUGAGGAAUUAACCGAAAGAUGCAGCUGUUGAUAAUCAAUCUUUUAGCUGUUAUGUCACUGUGUAUUUGUUUGGUAGCUCGCUUCUGCCAUAUAGAUUCCUCUUUAUGUGAGUUGUACUAUAGUAGAUGUGAUGGUCGAGGGACACUGAAGUCCUUUUAGUCCUCUUUAAAGCUAGUCGUCAUGGUCAGAAUAAAUAGCCAUCAACAA